AUGGACACCAACCGUAUUAGUGGUGGGUUGGUAUGGUUGCUGAUACUAGGCGUACACUUGACGGUGAUACUAGCUGCACCCAGCACCGGACAUGGAUACGAGACGAAGAGCUUCGCCCAAGCCUACCUGGAGUGUCUUCAAUAUCUCAACAUUUCGCGCCAGCCAAUGACCGCGUACGACGCCACGGCCGUACCUUCCAACACCGGCGGUAACUGCUUGAUGCGUUGCAUCGGUCUUAAUACCCGCUGGUGGAACGAUGAGACGGGUCUAAACGAAAAGGGCUUGGUACGCUUCUUCCGCCAGCCGGAACCAAACGCCCUGGAGCAGGCACGCACCUGUCUCGCGACGGUUUCGACCACGUCCGGUAGCUGCGAUGCCGCUUAUCGGACAUUCCGUUGCUAUAGCGAUGCGCUGGGCGACCUCAUUGCCCACCCGGAGUAUGUUGCACCGGGCAGGGCAGAGAUACACCGAGCGGUGAGCGAUUGUGCCACGAUACUGCAGGUAUCGGACGGUCAGCUCGGUGCGUGCGUUGGGGCCGAAACGUUUUUGCAUGAUGGCAACUCUACCGCCUUGCUGCGGUGUGUUGUGCUGCGGCUUGGACUGUACGCCGACUCGACCGGGGUGUUGUCCGAUCGGUUGGAGCUGCUGAUGGACAGUGACACUGCCCUGUCCUGGACCGAGACCCAUGCAGCGGAGGCGAAGCGCUGUGAGAGUGAUUUGCGAGUGUUGGGCGCGGACGUGUGCGUUGUUGCAGCUCACUCGGUCGAGAUUUGUUACGGUUGGAGAGCGUUCGGAGCGCUAUGGAAGGUACUGAGCGCUGAGUACGGCGAGUCGCAAGGUGUGAGUGUAAGCGAGUGCGUGGCAGAACCUCUUGAAGAAUCGAACGAUGCUGCGGAGGAGGGAGAGCAGGAGAAGAAGGAGCAGGAGGAGAAGGAGCAAGAUGAGAAGGACCAGGAGGAGAAGGAGGAGCAAGAAGAGAAGGAGCAGGAGGAGAACGAACAGGAGGAAAAGGAGCAGGAAGAGAAAGAGAAAGAGGAGAUCGAACAACCGAACAAUGCAAUCUCUCUUGAUACGGAAGAGGUGGAGGUAUUUUACUAUCCAUCUAGUCCCCGAUACCGAUCACUCCUGCUGAUAGCACCGAAGUUGAUCGCGUCGCAAAGUUCACCCACCCAGGAGGAUAGCUCCUCUGCAGAUGAUAAGGUUGAGGCUGUCGAGGAAACAGCCGUUCAGGGCGAGGAUCCAGUCAAUCCAGAUAAUGCUCUCAAGAAAGAAACAACGCCUGAGCCUGAAGAAGCGGUGCAAAAAGAUCCGGAAACAUAUCACGUAGUGCACACACGCUCAGUAAUGUAUCCGAUGGCAUCCGAGGUAUGUCCGCACUACAGCCCAGUACUACACCCUUAUCUGUCGCGGAUGAGACGCUCGAAUCCUCUGCCCCACUACUAUCCACACAAUAUGCCGAUGAUGGGCAAUCACUACUUCCAUCCAAUGGUUCACCCUAUUGUGAGAAGAUCCAUUCCCAUGGAGCCGAUGUUUGGCUCGGCAUAUCGACACUUUGCUCCAGCACGAUUCGUUCGAGAUGUUGAGAGCUCAGCGGAAGCAGGUGCGUUGAGCGAUAGCCUAACUUCAAACGUAGCAUCGGUUCCAGCGGAAGUUCAGAGUGAGGCUUUGGUACCCUUGUUUGAUGCAGAUUCUACUGCCCCGCAGGGAGAAUUGUUCAAGGAUGGUGAGACUGCUGAUGAGAAUCUUGAUGGAACAGGAGUUGCAAACGUGGCACAAAAUCAUGUUGCUGAUGCGACACAGAAUGGUGAGGAAGUACAUUCACAAGAGCAAGCAGGCGUAGCAGUUUCAAGCGUGGAUGAGACUUUACCAAAGUCGGAUGCUGUUCCGACUGCUAACGAUAAAGAAGGUCAUGCUGAAGAGACUUUACCUACGAAUGUUGCUGAUUCAGUACCGACUGAUGAGCAACAAGCCAAUGCAGGCUCUCAGACAGAUGACGCUGUUCCGACACCUGAUGAGAUGGCUGAGCCUGUUGAUACGCAUGUCGGUGAGGCAGAAAAUGAAGCCAGAUCCUCAGACAAUAGUGCGUUGCCUGAUGCGAAUCCUGCCGUUCCAGCAUCCCGAACAUCACCGGUUCAAUCAGACUCAAAUCAAACACCGGGCCGGCAGGUGCUACCUCCGCACACUGUCCAGCGGCUUAUCCGAACCGUUCAAGCAUCCCACAUGAUGAAAACCCUUAUUUCCGCCCUAAUAAAACAAUGA